AUGCAUGACGCCUCGUUUCGCGAUGCUGACGGUGCUAUUCUAACGCCAGGCGUCUGGCAGGCUGGGCCCGGCGAAGUCGGCACGGCCGUCAAAACGGCCAUCGCGGCCGGCUACAAGCACAUCGACGGCGCGUGGAUCUAUCGCAACGAAGCCGAGGUCGGGAAGGCGUUGAAGGAGAGCGGCGUGAAGCGGGAGGAUAUCUGGCUCACGAGCAAGCUCUGGAACACGUUCCACGCUCCCGAAGACGUUGAGCCCGCCCUCGACGAGUCUUUGCAGAAGCUCGGCACGGACUACGUCGACCUGUACAUCAUCCAUUGGCCCGUCGCUUUCAAGAAAGGCUCUAACAACGUGCUUGACGAAGCCCUGACUGCCGACCCGUACCCUACCUGGCAAGCCCUAGAAGCCCUGGUCGCCAAGGGCAAGGUCCGCAACAUCGGCGUCUCCAACUUCAACAUCCCGCGCCUCGCCAACCUGACCGCGAACCCGCUCAAGAUCAAACCGGCCGUGAACCAGGUCGAGCUCAACUACUUCAACCCGCAGCCGGAGCUGCUCGAUUGGGCGGCGGAGCACGGGAUCUUGCUCGAGGCAUACUCGCCGCUCGGGAGCUCGAAGCAGGUCGGCGAGACGCUCCGGCUGCCCGUCGUGCAGAAGAUCGCGAAGGAGCUCGGGAUCACGCCCGCGCAGGCGAUCAUCUCGUGGCAUGUUCAGCGCGGGACGGUCGUCUUGCCCAAGUCGGUGACGCCGUCGAGGGUGGAGGAAAACCUCAAGGUCACUGCUCUCCCUGAUGAUCUGUUCGACGAGCUGGAGAAGGCUGCUACUAGUCACAAGCCUCAGCGGGUUGUGAACCCGAGCAAGGGAUGGGGUCUCGACUUCGACGUCUUUGACGACUACCCGUACAAGAAAUGA